AUGCAAUCAACCGCAAUCUGUGAUAAGACGAAGGGUAUUGCUACAGCAGCGGAUAUUCCUCUUGGUAAGUUGGUAUUGUUCAAUGUUUUCUAUGAAAUAUUUACUCUAUGUACUUCAAUCAUUGCUGAGGCUCCCAAUGGGACAUUGUAUCAUGCUCGGAACUUGGACUUUGGUCUCUUUAUUGGUUGGGAUACAGAUAAUGACAAAUGGGCACUGACUGAGAAACUUCGUCCACUAAUCAUAAAUGUAGACUACCAGUCUGGGGGUAAGACUGUAGCCCGUGCUGUUUAUUUUACCGGCUACAUCGACGUAUUAACAGGUGUAAAACCUGUAAUGUUGACAUUGUCUAUGAAUGAGAGAUUCCAGUUGGAUGGUGAACAGUUCUUCAUUUAUAAGGCAGCCAGGAAUUCCAUCAUGACUGAGGAACUUCUUGCUCCAUCUUACUUCAUCCUCGGUGGUAACAGUUCAGGUCAAGGCUGUGUCAUCACAAGGCCAAGAGAAACAAUGGACAACCUUGAAGAAUCAAGUGGUACUGUUCAAUGUUUUCUAUGAAAUAUUUACUCUAUGUACUUCAAUCAUUGCUGAGGCUCCCAAUGG